UCUUUAUAAGGUAAAUAUGCUUCAGAAUGUUCAUAUGUUCAUGAAGGUUUCAUCAGCUGCUGUAAGAGAGAUGAGUUUUCUGUGAGAGAUGAGUUUUAAAACUCUGUUGUAUAAAUAGAAAUAUUUUUUACAUUGUGCACUGUUGCAAUUCAUCACUGUCCAGUGUGAGAUGGAGUCCAACGAAACUGGAAAUACAGAAAUUACUUUCUCCCGCCUGGACCAGGAAGAGUUUUUCCCCAAAGGAACUCUUCCUUGGCCGAGAGCUCAGAUUGCCCGUAUGCCCCACAGAUGGUUCAAAGUCCUGCUGGUCGUACUUUGCUUUGCCCUGCUGUGUGGACUCAUUGCUCUGGGUGUCCUCUAUGUUGAGAAGAAUAACAUGGCUGAUUCCCUGGAGGCCAGAAACAGGAACCUCUCUGCUUCUAUGUUCUCACUGCAACAGGAGCUAGCAGCAAAUGGAGGGUGUAUCUGGACAAGGCACCUUGGACGGGCCUACUACUUUUCCUCUCAGAGAAUGAACUGGAUGCAAAGUCGUGAUUACUGCAUCUCAAAGGGGGCAACACUGGUCAUUAUCAAGAGUGAACAGAAACAGAGCUUCUUGCUUGCCAACAUUCGUGAGACCCACUGGAUUGGGCUGAGUGAUCUGCGAACUGAAGGACAGUGGCACUGGGUGGAUGACACACCUAUCAGUCCGACAGAAAUUCAGUUUUGGCACACAAGGCCAAAUGGGGAGCACGAGCCGGAUAACUGGACUGGGGGCGGAGAUCCGACUGGAGAAGACUGUGCAGCCUUGGGUUACUCAGGUGGAAAUCUUGAAGAAUGGUUUGAUGCCUCCUGCACUGUACAAAAAAGAUUUGUGUGUGAAAAAUGAAUUUCAGUUUCAUUUCUUGAAUUUA